AUGACGCAAGACAUAACUCUAACGACACCAUUUCAUAGCAGUAGAAGUACCUCAUCUAUCUUGCCUGCAUUAGCAUCAAGACCAACCGUUACUACAGCAGUUACACUUUCAACCGUAGUCUUUAAUCGUGACAAAGUAAAUCUUGAUCACAUCAGCUGGUCUGCUCUACGACAGCAUAAUAUUGAACUGAUGUUUGUAUUUGGCUUCUUCUCACAAGAUAUCCGCCGUCAACUGAAAGAAGAACAUGAACAACUGCAAUUAAAACAUGCAGAAAACCCAAAAAUAAAAUUAUAUUGUGGACAAGUAAUAUCACCGACUGAAAUUGACGCACUCAAAAAGUUAGGUGCACUUAACUACAACGUGAAUAAUUGUUUAUUAUCAACAUCACUCGAUCGUUCGGUAGCAUUAGAUUUUCUUAAAUAUUCAAUACAUUCGAAAGGAUUAGAAUUGAUUUUAUUUGAAAUCGACGUUGAUGUACAUCUACACUCUCGUCCUUAUGGAAAUGUUUCACAUGUUAGUUACUUUCCAGAUGAAGCUAAAAUUUUAUUUAUGAUCGGAGCACAAUCUGAUAUGAGAUAUGAUAUUAUAUUAAUUUCAAAAUUUUGCGCAAACUCGAUAUUUGCUAAGUUCAGUAUAAAAGAUCUGCGUCCACGAUGUUUUCGUACCCAUAAACCGCGCCGAUGCCCAUGGAUUCCUAUGCUAUCAAACAGAAAAAGUUUAUCAAAUUGUUCUAACGAGGGAACAUCCCCAGGUGUGACAUUUGGAUUUCAACAAAAUAUACCUCAUUAUGGAUAA